ACUUGACAGCUUGUCACAUGCUAAAUUUUCACAUUUUCAUUUACUAUAAUCAAGCAAAGUGUAAAAAUGAGUCAACGUCAAGGGGAUCCUCUUUUCCACGUAACCCUAUGUAAUUUGUGCAUGGAAAAAGCUACCAAUUUUUUGACCGGCCUCUGCAUUAGAUGUCACCUCAUUUGGACCAACAAGCGGCGUUCGGAGGACAGGAUUUGCCUUAACCUAGUGAAGGCAUACAUCGUCGCACGUGUGACCCAGACAGAUGUAAUUAGCCCCAACAUGGAUCCCACUUUCCGACAAGUCCUUGAUUCCGAGGCUACCAAGCGUCGAGAGAAACUUCAAAGCUUCCACCAACUACGGGAUAAAUUUCAAAAUUCACUUGUGAUUGAUGCAUUCGAACGCGCAAAUCCGCACAAUUGUGGCAACAGAUGCUGCAAGGCACCUCUAGUCCUUACAGGAAAUGAUUUUGCGAAUUCUCAAUAUGAAAUGGAUUUGCUCAAAGACAUAAAGAAUUAUGAGAAAAGUUUGCCAAACCAAACUGAUUUAAAUAGUAAAUAUUUCAAUACAUUCUAAUAAAGAAAAGAAACAGUCGUGGACCAUGGUCAAUGUCAGCUCUGACUUUUGCUUGUUUCCUUCGGAAUUUAA